AUGGUCUCCCGCCGCAAGAUCCUGGGCCGCUCCCAGGACAACCUCAACGUGGACAUCCCCUUCCAGGAGGACGAGGAGGACGUCUGGUACAAGGUCGACAAGUUGUUCAAGGUAAACGCUCCUAGGACCAAGGCCUCCAGGCCAAAGGCUCCUAGGACCAAGGCUUCCAGGCCAAAGGCUCCUAGGACCAAGGCUUCCAGGCCAAAGGCUCCUAGGACCAAGGCUUCCAGGCCAAAGGCUCCUAGGACCAAGGCUUCCAGGCCAAAGGCUCCUAGGACCAAGGCUUCCAGGCCAAAGGCUCCUAGGACCAAGGCUUCCAGGCCAAAGGCUCCUAGGACCAAGGCUGCCAGGCCAAAGGCUCCUAGGACCAAGGCUUCCAGGCCAAAGGCUCCUAGGACCAAGGCUUCCAGGCCAAAGGCUCCUAGGACCAAGGCUUCCAGGCCAAAGGCUCCUAGGACCAAGACUUCCAGGCCAAAGGCUCCUAGGACCAAGACUUCCAGGCCAAAGGCUCCUAGGACCAAGGCUGCCAGGCCAAAGGCUCCUAGGACCAAGGCUUCCAGGCCAAAGGCUCCUAGGACCAAGACUUCCAGGCCAAAGGCUCCUAGGACCAAGGCUUCUUGGGAACGAAGGGUCUCUGGAACACUUGUGGCAUUCCUUCCAGGACUUGAGCGUCUCCAUUAA